AUGCCUCCUCAUACUAGUGAAUAUUCCGUUGUUGAAUGCGAAGGUAUUACUCGUUAUUCCCGACGGCGAUGCGCUCCAGCAAAGCGCCAUUUAGAUUUUGAUGGUCUGGAUAAAUCAGUAAAACGGCGUCGCUCCUUUGGCUUCUCUGAAGCAGCAGAAACGCCGGAACAAAAGGAGAGGUCGAUUGAAAGCAUCAUUGCAGCCGUGGAGCGCUUGUCUACAGAACCACGCCUCGUUUCCGACGGGUCACGUGAGAACAUGUUGCCAACCAUAUUAGGAAAGCACAAGGAUCUGAACGCAAUCACGCCGGAAACGAUGUCACGUGUUCUAGAAGGUGCGUUCAGGGACAGUAUUGAUCAACUGACGGUCAUAGACUGCAGAUACCCUUAUGAGUUUGAAGGAGGACAUAUCAAGGGAGCUGUUAACCUCUACACAAAGCAAGCGAUCGAUGAAUUUAUACAUAAUUCUGCGACAUCAUCGGAAAAGAACCACGUGCUUAUUUUCCACUGCGAGUUUUCAUCAGAAAGGGAACUCAAUAUUGACUCGUAUCCGAAACUGAAUUUUCCGGAAAUAUAUCUUCUCGAAGGCGGAUACAAAGCGUUCUACGAAACCCAGAGCAACCACUGCCUUCCACAGUCUUACACACCCAUGUUACAGAAGGACCAUUCUGAGAAUCUACGUCACUUCCGGGUUAAGUCAAAGUCCUGGGCAGCGGGCGACAACCCACGUCAAAGGUCACGUGCACACGGAAAACAAACCAAGUUGUGUUUUUGA